UUAGCCACGCCCCCGGGGCUUCAACAGUUACCUCAGAGUUGGGAGUCGCUGCCCGACUUGGGACUCCCGCCCACGCUAUUUGGGGGAGACUCGCAAUGCCCCCUUCUCUCCCCGUGCCCCAUUGGUAUAUCAUCUCUAUGGUUUACGUCCACUGACUAGAGCAGCCGCCUGUGACGUCACCUCCUCCGCUUCCGAGAGCGGAAAAUAGUUGGCUGAGCUUCAGAUCUCAUUCUCUCUAACCUACACAAAUAUGGACAGUGAAGUACAGAGGGAUGGGAGGAUACUAGAUUUGAUUGAUGAUGCAUGGAGGGAAGAUAAGCUACCCUAUGAAGAUGUGGCAAUACCCCUGAAUGAGCUUCCUGAACCAGAACAAGACAAUGGUGGAACAACAGAAUCAGUAAAAGAACAAGAAAUGAAAUGGACUGACCUGGCUUUGCAGUAUCUUCAUGAAAAUAUUCCCCCAACAGGAAAUUAGUAUUUCAGUGAUACUUCAUUCAGUAAUUUCUUUGCAAAAUUGUUUCUGGCAGGUCUUCAUCAGUUUAUAAGAACCUACUUCAAGAUGAAAAGAAAACAUUUGUAAAACAUCUAGACCUAGAUCACUGGUUGGAUCCCUAGAGAUAUAUCCACACAUGACAUUUACAUACAAUUAAAGUGUGUUAAGUGACGAUUUCUUAAAAUAUAGUUCAAGUGUCAGCUUUUUUUAAUGUCUCAAUAUUAGUUUCUGGAAUAUGUGCCAAAGAUAUGAAAUCUGAUUGCAAUAGUAGUAAGCAUUGAUCUAACCAUAUAGUUGUUAGCCUCAGUUUUGCACUUGGUUGGCAAAUUAAUCACAUUAUAAUUGGAUUUAGCAAUCAAAGUAGAAGAGACAAACAAUCUGAACUUUGCUUUACUGUCUCUAAUGAGUCUGUCCUGUAUAGAGUUCUUUGAAGUGAAAUAAGCUAAAGAAGCAUUUCUGAAAAGAGGAACUCUUUAACCACUUUGGAUUCAUGUGAAUCCACUACCAAUUUCAGAAGGCAGGCUCAAAAAAUAAAUCUGUCUUAUCUUGAUUUGAGAGUUUUGACUAAUAAGAUACGUUUUUAAGCUCAGCCAGAACAAUAUCAUAAAAUACAGCAGGGGGCGCUGUACAACUGUCUCAUGCAAGCUUUGUAACUGCUCUUACUAUACUAUUCAAGUUCUAAAUAUUUCCUUGAACUAUCCAGCAGGGAGCGCAAUAGUAGAACAGUGUGUCCACAAGGCAGGCUUUUGGUAAGCUUACAAGAUUGUAGUGUAUGAACGCUUCCGUGUUAGAAAUUAUGUGUGUGUUUUCUUAUAGUGAAUUGGCAUGAUUUGAGUUUAUGUUCAUGGGAAGUCAAGGAGGCUUGCUAGGUCAAAGCCCGUUGAGUUGAUCUUCUACAGUGCUCUUUUAGAAGAUGAAUCAAGGGUGGUACAUAUUGUACAUCAAUGUGAAUAAUAAAACCUGAUGGCUGCUGUUUCUAGGGAAAGGCACCUUUGGAUGGAGUUUUUGUGCUGGAGAAGCAGGAGUUGGGGUACUUAACCCUUUCCUCACUCACUGAUUUUCUAUUGCAACUCACCCCAAAUGCUUCCCCACUCCCACCAUGAGGCUCAAGGUGCAUGUGUACCUUAUGCAUUCAUCUGGAAUCCCAUGAGCAGGGAAUAGGUUAGAGGUGUGGCAUUGCAGGGGAGGGGGAUAAGUACCCACACACACACGCCUUUUGCUGCCUAUUGCGCUUCCCAAACCACAUUUGGCUAUUAGAAGCAGCCAUCAGAGUGUUCUCGCACAUAUUAGUAUGUGUUGUGUAGUUCUGCCCUCACAUAACCACUUUUCACCUGUCCUGUGGAGACCUCUGUAACUGUCAUACAGUGAGCUUUCUAUCAAGUUAGGAGGUGUGAAAGGGUUCCCUGCACAAUGUGCUCCAGAAAUACCUGGUUUUCCCAACUGAUUGCAAAGAUUCUGCUUCUUGAACACCAGGGUCAAAUACGUUGCACUAGUUCUAUAGAGAGCCCAUAGGACAGUGUGUGAAAUCCUGGCAUGGGAGGCCACAAUCUGUACAACUAGUUCAGAGCCACCAACAAGGCUUUUUAAAAAAUUUCUCCCUAAUAGCAGCCUCUGAGCUCUGUAUUACAUGUUGUUCUUUCCAACUCUGAGGAACUUCAAAAAUAGUUUGCUUUAUGCCACUGGGGAGUAGCUGUUAAGGAAAAUAGUUGAAAGCCCUACUGGGCUUAUACAAGUCUUCCACACGCCUAGAGGGGCUCACGGGAUUUGUGGCUUCUGUGUUUAAGUAUGCUACAUACUUUGCCCUUUACAUAAUAUUGGAAAAUAUUAAUGUGUGCUUGGUUGGAUUAAAGUUUAGGUGCAAUUUCAAUAAACCACUUUCCUCCCAGGA